AUGGACCUCCUGGAUCAGAUGCGCCCCGCCCUCACGCCCCGCGAGCUCCCCCACGUCCUCUCCGCCGCCGCCGCCCUCCGCCGCCCGCCGGACCGCGUGUGGUGCGUGGCCAUGAUGGCGCGCGCGCACGGCUGCAUGGACGGCUUCACGGCGCACGGGCUGGCAGUCAUGAUUUGGGCGGUGGGGCGCGCGGGCAUGCGGACGCGCGCCGACUGGGCGGAGCGGUUUUUGUCGGCCCUCGGAGAGCGCAUGGACGGCGGCAGCUGCGGGCGGCGGGAGCGGCCGCGGGAGCUGGCGCGCGCGCUGGCGCUUGCGAUGCAUGGGAUAGGGUCGACGGGCAGCCAGCCAGGCGGCGCGUGGAUGGGGCGGUGGCUGGCCGCGGUGCACGGACUGCGGCGGCACCUGGCGCCGAGGGACGUGGCGUGCCUGCUGGUCGGGCUGCAGCGGCUGAGGGCAUUCACGCCGCCUGCCUCCUGGCUGUCGGCCAUCCUUGAGCACUUCCUGCACCCAAAGCAGCUCGCGGCCGCCUCUGACCUGGAGCUUGCGACCGUGGUCUGGGCUCUGGCCAAGCUCGGCGCCGCGCCGGCGCCGCAGCAGGCGGCCCGCCUGCUCAACGCGGCUGCGGCGCGGCUGCCUUUGAUGGCACCGCGCGCGCAGGCGACACUGCUGUACGGCGUGGCACUCGCGCAGGCGGGGGGCGUGCAGGCGCGGCAGCAGCAGCAACAGCAGCAGCAGCAGCAGCAGCAGAUGCAGAUGCAGGAGCGGACAGAGCCGCCGCCAGUGCAGCUGCGCCUUUUAGGUGAGCAGCGGCACGAGGUGGGCCACCAGCAGCAGUUGCAGCAGCAGCAGAAACAGCAGCAGCAGCAGCAGCAGCAGCAGCAGCAGCAGCAGCAGCACGGCGGCCAAUCGCCGCGUGCCGUGCCGCAGCAAUGGCUCGUUCUUUACGAGACUUCGUCGGCGUCAAACUUGUCAUCCCUCGACGCCCACGGGCUGGCCACCACAGCCUAUGCGUUCGCGCUGCUGAGGCACCUCCCGGGGGUCCAGUGGCGGGCCGCCUUCUCGGCAGCUUCCCUGCAGCGCCACCGGCAGGGCCGCAUGGGGACUGAGUCGUGGCACAUGCUGUCCGAGGCUGCGCAGCUGCUGAGGUGGCAGCUGCCGCCGGCGCUGCUGGCGCGGCCGCCGCCUGGCGUCGGCGCUGCGCCUGGGACGGACAGGCAGCGGCCGAAAUGGAGGGAGCGGCAGCAGCAACGGCAGCGGCAACAGCAGCCAAAGCAGCUAAAACAACUACAGCAGCAGCAACCGCAGCGAUGGCAGCAGCAGGAACCGCAGCAGCAGCAGCAGCAGCAGCAGCAGCAGCAGCAGCAGCAGCAGCAGCAGCAGCCAGGGCCUUGGAGGCCGCAGCGGCAGUGCGAGGCUCCAGGCGCAGUGCGUGUGCGCGAUGACGCGCCGAGUUGA